AUGGAAUAUGAUAAAUGAAACCCUUAUUGAGAAGAUAUUAAACUCAGGAAAAUAUUGGUAGAUGUUAACCCUAAUAAGAUCAAGAAGAUUGUUUGCCAUCCAGAAUUGCCUCUAAUGCUGGUCUGGGAUGCUAAAAGUACGGUCACUCUUUGGGAGACAGAUGGGCACUAUAGAUGCUUGAACACGUUCACACCUUACACUCUCCUGGAAGACUCAGAUGGGAUUAAAGUGCCACCUCUUGGAAUAUCACUGAAGUCUGUAGCUUUUGCAGAUGAGCAUACCAUAAAGUGGAGCUCUGUCAGCCAGAUGGGAUUUACAAUGAUAGAAGAAGAAUCCAGUCUGGAUCAAGAUCAUAGCCUCAUAAUCUUCGUAUUCGAGUUGUUUAUCAUUUUCCAUGACUACAGAACGAAGAAAAAUAGAUACCUCCAAAAGGCAGACAUCGAGAGCAAAGGAUUUGCAUCUUGUAUAGGAGUUAGCAAAGAUUUUGUAGCAAUCGGUAAUACAGACGGGUGGAUCACCAUGUUUAAAAUUUCUGAAUGGUCAGUAGGAAGACUCUUAUCAAAAGGAUAUCAUACUAAAGCAGUUGUACAGCUGGACGUUCUCAUACGAUACAAGAAGGCAUAUGUUGUAUCAGGAGGAAACGAUGGUCUAUGAGCUGUCUGGGCUCCCUUUUCAUCAGUCGGAACACCAAUGAUUAAAUAUAAAGGGUUCAAGGGGGAAUCUUUUGCCUCAUUACAGAUAAACAGACUCCAAGAAACAGUUCUAUGCAUGGGAUCUAAUAACACAGUUGGAAUUUGGAAUAUCAAAGAUGGAUCAGAGCUAUUUAAGAUUAGAAAUAUUAAAACAAGAACCAAAUCAACUAUUAUUGAUACAAUGCUUUGGCUUAAUCCAAUAAAUACUGCCACCACUAUUUCCGGUAUUGCUAAAGAUUCUACAUUAGAACUUAUCGAGACCAAUACUCAAGCUAGGGUAGUCUCAAACAAAGGGAAAAAGAAAGCAAACGCAGUUUAUGUGAGAACCCUAUUUGAUUUAAAUUCCUUCCUAAAAUCUCCUAUUAAAGGACUCAAGUUUGUCAGUUGAGCAAACAUGAGAAGCAGGCCAUAUACUACAAUCCUUGCUUCUCAUAAAGAAAUUUAUAUUCUUGAUGUAAAGAAAUAAGGCCAUUCCUUCUGGAUGAGUGUUACAUCAGAGAAUAGAGCCAAAUAAGAUGUAUAUCGAAUACUUGCUUAACAAAGAUAAUCGUAUCAACCACUACGAGCUUGAGCUUGAUAUUGAGGAUAGCAAGGUAAUCAACAAUAGAAUGAACUUUAAAGGCUCUCUUGAUACUUCUUAUCAAGCAGAUUUGCUUCUAAAGAUAAGCCCUUGCAAAAGAUUUUACUCAGUUGAAUACAUCUACAAUGGAAUUUUUGAGAUUUAUGUAAAUCCCUCAUACAGGUCAAGAACCACCACCAGGAAGAUCUUAACAGGAGCAGGAUAUAACCUUGUCUGGAGCUCAAACAACAAGAUGUUUGCAGUAAUCUCUUUCCUUAAUAGCUCAAUGGAAGCUUUUGAAAUAAAUGCUGAUGCCUUAAACCAUCCAAUUGCUAAACAGAAGUUGGAGAAAGAUAAUAUAAAAUCUUCUGUUGUCAUCUACAAGAUUGAUUCUGACAAACCUCGUAAGGUAUUCGUGUUCCAGAAGGUGCAAUGCUAUCAUCUCUACACUAGCGGCCCUGUUCUGGGUAUGUGCAUUAACUACGAGAUGCCUAAAGAUGAUGAAGCUAAGAAUUCACAAAUUAUUGAAGCUAACAAAGCUCUGUUGUUCCUUUCUUGGGAUACACAAAAGCCUGUAACUUCUCCAAUGGAACCUCCUGAAGAUAUGGUCUGGUCUAAAAAUUCGAAAUUCUGUGCAAUGUCUUACAUGGAUUCAAUCUGCGUCUACAGCGUGAAGGAUGGACUGGAGUUAGAGAACAAGUAUAAUUUGAGAUCAAAGCAUUUAUCAUUCAUCACAUAUUCAAACUUAGAUAUCCUGUUUAUAGUAACUGAUACAGAAAUUUAUGCUUCUAUUGCAGGUUCUCCUAAGGCUUCUCUUCAUCUAAUUGCCAAAUAUGACAAAUCUAAGGUAGAAUUAGAAGGAGAAGAGAGCAAAGAGGACCCUAGCAAGGCAAACAUUGAGCCAGCUUUGUCUCUUUUGACCCAUCAAUACUGAAAAUUCUCAAUAGGAAUAUUAUCCCUUGUUAAAAACACAUUGGUCUUACAGACUCACAGUAGUGAGAUAAAGUGUCUUGAAAUAACUAACCUGGAGUUUAAGAAAAUUCUCCAGAAUGGUGAGAACAGGGAUUCUACCCUUCCCUUCUCACUUGCAUCAGAAGGUAAAUCCUUUUUCCAAUAGCUAACAUUUUACAGAAAAGAAAACAGAGGAUGAUGCUCUCUACAACUCAAGAGUAGUUAUAAAUCUUGUUCAUAAGAUUAUUACUGACAAAAAUCUUGAGAAAGAAGAUAUUAAAUCAAAACUAGAGCUUCUAUAUGAGAAGUUGUUCACAAUGCAUGAUUAUAAGGGAGCCUUGAUUGCAGCCAUGAGUCUUGGUGAUAAAAUACUCAUCUCCAAAGCACUAGAGGCUCAGAAGAAGUAGCCAUUUUAUCACAGAAAUCCAAC